AUGGGGGCAGAUGUGCCUUUGGGGCGCUCGAGCAUUUGCCGUGUUCAGGCAACUGGUGAGAUUGGCAUCCUCCGCUGUUGGCAAUUCAACCAGGAAGUGGGAAGGCCAAUAGUCGUGUCGGAGACACCUCGGCCACAGACAGAGGCAGAAGUAUGGAGUUUUGCCACCGACGAACGCUUCCAGAGGUAUCAGAGCUCCGGGGGUGGAUCCAGUUCCAUGUUAGAUCAUUACUACGACAAGCUGUUGAGAGUGGCGUGCCCUCCCCUCGAAGUCGUCCAGAAUGCCUACCUGGAGCAGGAGAUGGUAGCACGAUCCAAGCCGUUGGUGCAGAUUUGCUUGGCAUACGGCCGCACCGGCACGGUGCCACUUGAUGACGAAGCGAUCUGCAAGUUGCGGGACAAAUUGACCUAA